AUGAACAAAGAGGAGCCUCUGACCCCGUUUGGGCGGAUGUUCUCGCAAGAAGAAGGGAAUCAAGUUAUCAACUGUGCGAUGAAUCUCAAAAACCCAAUCAACUUAGAAUCCGUUAAAGCUGAAUUUAAAAAUUCCAUCCUGAUUCAGCACCCAAGAUUUCAAAGCGUCUUAGUAAGAAACACGACUAAUGGUAGAGAAUAUUGGAAAAGAGGUGAUGUAAAUUUAGACAAACACAUAUUUCUCAUUCAAGACAUCGACCAUGGUGAUUCUUCGACGUCCAGCAUCCUUAGCAAUGACGAGAUCGUGAAUGGGUAUCUGGCAGAUCUUACUGUUUCAUCGCCUCUCAGCAUUGACAAACCAUUAUGGGAAUUACAUGUACUGAAGGAUCAAAACUGUCUAGUAUUGAGAGUUAAUCAUGCUCUAGGUGAUGGGGUAUCUAUAAUGUAUUUGAUUUUAACUAUGUGUAGGAAAGUUGACCAGCCUGAUGAAUUACCCAGCAUCCCUAAACACAACUACAAAACUAGUAGGAUCAAUAUGUGUGAAAUGAUAUGGAGAUUGGUAAUGAAGAUAUGGUUAACUAUUGUUUAUUUAAUGGGUUUCUCACUUAGAUGUUUGUUUAUGAAAGAUGCUAAAAGCAAAAUUAGUGGUGGGCAUGGUGUUGAACUAUGGCCUAGGAAGCUUGCUACUGCUAGGUUCAAGUUAGACGACAUGAAAUCUGUCAAGAAUGCCGUGCUUAACACAAUCAAUGACGUUCUUAUCGGAGUUGUUACAUCUGGAUUAUCGCGAUACUUGGAUUACCAUCGAACCCCGAACUCAAGAUAUGGCAAAUUUGGUGAAGAACAGUUGGUGACAAGUUGGUGGGGUAACAUAUUCGGAUACAUUUUACUCCCAAUUUAUCCCCAUAAAAGUGUUGGUAACAAUCCGCUUCGAUAUGUCAUGAACGCCAAAGAAAUACUUGACAAGAAGAAACUAUCGUUUGAAGCUCAUCUCACUUGCGCAAUUACUAAAUCUGCAAUGUCACUUUUGGGUCCCAAGGUCACGUAUCUGCUCACCAACAAGGUUGUUUGCAAUACAAGUUUUACGAUAACCAAUGUCGGUGGUCCGCAAGAAGAGGUCAUGUUUGGAGGAAAUCCAGUAACUUCACUACGAGCAACUUCGUUAGGUUUACCCCAUCCUCCGUACAAGUAA